AUGGGGAGAAACCGAGCAUCACGCGGCACUCCCCCUCAUCAACAAUUGAUCAUCGCCAGUUCUUUGUCUCGGACGCCACUUCUUCGGCGGCGUGGGAUAGCAAUCAACUUUCUCACAUCCUUCGGCCCUACUCUUCUUGUCGAUUUACUCGGCAACAGCGUAUACGGAACUGAGAGGAACGGUAGUUGUUCCGAGUCAUCUCCAGGCAUGAUAAUCAUAGUCUCUCACUCAAAUCACUCGAGGGUGAUCAUGAACGCCAUCCGGCACAAGACAGUGCCAAUUAAUAUAGGGAUGCUUGCUGGGAUGUUCCAAGUCCCACUCAAGUAA